CAGCUUCUUUUGCAUUUCUUUUUCACCUUGAAUCUUUGUUUCAUUUUUUAAGUUUUUUUUUACUGUCACUACCUUGUUCGGAUAGAGCUCGGCGAAGAGGCAGUGAAGUGAAAAAGACAGUUUUUAAGGCAUUUAUAAGCUCCACUUAGCUCCUCCAAGCCAUGGAUUUGUCAGAAUAUCCCACUUGGACCGCAAUCAUGACGAAUCUUCUCGAACAGCGCGGAGAGCGAAGGGGGACAACGGUGAAACAGCUUGUGGGACAAAUGGCUCUGAUGUGCUGUUAGCCGUCAUCCCAUCCGUCCGUUUUGCAAGCUGUACACUAACAAGAGUGGAGAUGGAGAAAGAUAGGAUGGCUUGGUGUCACAGAUUACGACAGUCGUGUUUGCUUGAUGGAGGGGUUGAGCACUUGAGCUGUGGGUUCAUUUGACUUCGAUUGAGCUACCGCUGUAUACAGCCGUUGCCAAGUGGCGUCCUGGCUCAGUGUCAUAUAUAUAUAUGGCCCAUCUCAUUCCCUUUCCAGUCUCAUGUUUAUAGUCCUUGGAACCAAGUCACGCAAUUCAUCCAACAUCUCGCAACAUCAUCUCUGCUCUCUCUUCAUACUCUUUGACAUCUCACACAUAACCGCAGCCAUGGCACCCAUCGGCAAGAUCUACUCCUACCCCGGCAACUACCGCGUCCACAUCGCCCAAGUCGCCGCCGACCUCAACAAUGUCGAGCUGGAGUUCCCUUCUUUCCAAAUGGGCGUCACAAACAAAGACCCCUCCUUCCUCUCCAAAUUCCCCCUCGGCAAAGUCCCUGCCUUCUCCUCCGCAGACGACACCUUCCACCUGACCGAAGGUCUCGCCAUCGCGCGCUACAUCGCCUCCUCCGGCCCCGCCUCUUCCCAGCUCCUCGGUGCUGACCCCAAGACCUCCGCCUUGAUCGAGCAAUGGGCUCUCUUUGGCGAGUCUGAGCUUUCCGGCGCUACUAUCCCCCCUCUCUUGAUGGUCUUGGCCAAAAUGAUCCCUUAUGACGAGGCAAGGUAUAACCAGUGCGCUGGCAACCUGGAGAGAGCCGUCAAGAGGCUUGAGGAGGCGGUCAAGGAUGGGCGAAAGUUCCUUGUUGGUGACCAGUUGACUUUGGCUGAUUUGGCUGUUUUGGGGCCCAUGACUCUCGCGAGCAAGUUCUUGUUUGACGGGGAGAUGAGAAAGCAGGCACCUUCUGUGGAGGGGUACCUCAAGGGUUUGUUGGAGGUGCCCGAGGUGAAGAAGCACUUUGGGGAGGUGACUUUUGUUGAGAAGAGGGUUCAGGGUUAAAUUUCUGGAUAAUGAGAUAUGAAUUGACAAAAAAAAGUAAUUGAUUAGAUGAGCCAAAACACCUCGCACACGGAAAGCUGUCCAUGAAACCAACUCAUUGUUAUGUAGCC